AUCUAAGGCGUUGGAGUGGGACUGGACUCGUGAGAAAUAGUUGCUACUGUUGCAGCUGAUGGCGCUGCUGAUUGAGUUUCAUCAUCUAUGUGCAGAGCAUCAUGCAGUGAACCAUCACAAGACCUCGAAGACGAGAGAGCAGGCGUUGCGGCUGUGCUUGGAGUCGAGCCGCCACAAGACCUCGAAGAUCAGCUCGUCGGGAACAAGGCUAGCAUAAAGAAAGAGUGUGGUUGGACAUUUUUAUCCCUAUAUUUAAUUGACCACAAGGGCAAUCUUUCCAGCACCCUAUCACAGAGAUCAUUAAUCCGAUUUGGCCCGUUCUUUUUUUUCAUUCCUAAAAAGACUGUAAAAACGUAGCGGACUUUCUUGCACUGGCUUCCUCGUUGGCAGUCUCCGCUGAUGUGAUAAUCAAUGGAGAAACGUCCGCUCCUUUGAAGAGAGAGAGAGAGAGAGAGAGAGCAACUAAAGGCAAAUUCUUGUCAGAGAAAAACCCAUUUCUCUGCAGUCACACCAAAAGCACUUCUCCGCUGAAGCCUCACCUUUCUGCUGAUUUUCAGCUCUCCGUUACUGUUUCUUCAGAGUUAAUUUCAAGACGGAGAGCAGAACUGAGGGUGACUAUCUUUCAGGCACAUGGAUCAGAGGAUCUCAACAGAUGUAGUGAACCAUAGAAGUGGCGACUAUGCUCCUAUUGGUGAUCAAGAGGACCCGAAAUUGGGAAUGUUUGACAAACCCCUUCCUUGCUUUGGCUGGGGAAUUGGAUGGUUUUCUCUUCUGCUUGGAUUUGUAUUUCCAGUGAUGUGGUACUAUGCCACAUUUCUUUACUUUUCGAAGUACUAUCAAAAAGACCCAAGGGAACGAACUGGACUUGAAGCGUCAGCAGUAGCAGCUUUGAUUUGUACAGUUGCUGUGUUAAUAGUGAUUGCUGUCUUUGUUAUCAAGGCUUUGUUUCCCUAACUUUUGCCAGCUUCAUAAAAAAAACAAAAAAUAAAAAAUAAAAUCUCUAUGUCGACAAUGGUUAGCUCAAGCGUUCUUCCUGUAAUCACAUCAGGCGCAAGAAAGGAAAAUAUUGGGAUCAUGGUAUGUCCAUCUACUGUUACCUGAAUCAGUUUGAGCUUCUCUGUAACAAUGUGCUAGAUAAAAACCGUGUACAUAAGUAUGCUACUGCUUAGCUCCCUUUUAGCGGGAACUCUAUGUACAGAACAUAUUGUAGAAAAGUAGUACAUUUACAAACAAUUACACAAAAUCAUCAUCUCGCAUGGAUGCAUCGUUGAAUCAAGUGCUAGAGUAUGCAAUCAGGUCUGAUCCAUGUUUAAGAAUUAGCAAGUUAGUAGCACAUUCUAUUCUAGGGGCAGACGAGACUUCUAGAUUAGUAUAUACAGAGACGGGGCGGUCUGCAUCUUGGUAGAUGCUAUUAGUAUGAUAUCCUUCUGCUGCUUGGUACAUUCUUAUACAGUCAAUUAGGACGAGAGCUGCUGCGGAAAUGGUGCUUCCUUUAUCCGCCCUCUUGUCCGAGCCAUGAGGGAUGAUGGAACAGAAGGUUAGGUCAAGAGUUCGGUGUAUUCUAAUGAACCAAAAUUGAUGCUUUUGUGUUGGUAUUGUGGUUUUCAAACUUUGCACUGAGAAGUGUACUUUUCUUUUGAUAGGGUUUUGCACUAAAUUAGUGAAAUUAUUCAUAUUAUACAAUGCUAUGAAAAGUAAUAGCAACUUCUUUGCUGCUUUA